GCUCCAUGUAAACUGCCCAGAAUUGGAUUAUUGUUGUUGUCUUGUUUGUUGAGUUUCCGUAUCGUUCGUUAUCAAUUAUUUGGGAUCUUCCAGUGGAUUUAGUUUAAUAUUUUUUAAAGAGAAUUAAGACAGCUUUCCUGUCAACAUGAUCAACAGCUUGUUUAUCAUUAACUCCUCAGGGGAUGUUUUUAUGGAAAAACACUGGAAAAGUGCAGUGGCAAGAUCUCUCUGUGAUUAUUUCUUCGAUCAGCAGAGACGUGUACUCUCUCCUGAGGAUACACCACCUGUCAUUGCUACUCCUCAUCAUUAUUUGAUCAGUAUUUACAGGUGUAACAUGUUUUUUGUUGCUGUGUGCACUACAGAAGUUCCACCACUCUUUGUCAUCGAGUUCCUGCAUAGAGUGGUGGACACAUUCGAGGAUUACUUCAGCGAAUGCACAGAGACGAUCAUCAAGGAGAAUUACGUCGUCGUUUACGAGUUGUUGGAUGAGAUGUUGGACAAUGGAUUCCCUCUAGCCACUGAGUCCAACAUCCUCAAGGAACUCAUAAAACCCCCGAAUAUUCUGAGGACCAUCGCAAAUACUGUGACCGGAAAAUCGAAUGUCAGUGCAAUUUUACCCAGUGGACAACUGUCCAACGUUCCCUGGAGGAGGACUGGAGUCAAAUACACUAACAAUGAAGCCUACUUCGAUGUUGUGGAGGAGGUGGACGCCAUUAUCGAUAGAACUGGAGCUACAGUAACUGCGGAAAUCCAGGGAUACAUCGAUUGCUGCAUCAAGCUCAGUGGAAUGCCUGAUUUAACCCUGUCCUUCAUGAAUCCAAGACUAUUCGAUGACGUCAGCUUCCACCCCUGCGUGAGAUUCAAACGAUGGGAGUCUGAGAGGAUUUUAUCUUUCAUCCCCCCCGACGGUAAUUUUCGAUUACUCUCGUACCACAUCGGCUCACAGAGUAUCGUAGCAAUACCUCUGUACGUGAGGCACAACAUCAGUCUCAAGGAACCAGGUGGUGGAAGGUUGGAUAUAACAGUGGGGCCAAAACAGACUGUUGGACGGUCCGUUGAGAACGUCACUCUCGAGAUUCCUAUGCCCAAAAUCGUUCUGAACUGCACUCUGAUGCCCAAUCAGGGGAAGUAUUCCUUCGAUCCUGUUAGCAAGGUUCUCUUCUGGGAUAUUGGGAGGAUAGAUGUGUCGAAAUUGCCGAAUCUACGUGGCUCGAUAACUAUUCAAAAUGGAGCAACAGCAUCCGAAUCAAAUCCAGCGAUAAACGUACAUUUCACGAUAAAUCAACUGGCAGUCUCAGGGUUGAAAGUAAAUGGGCUGGACAUGUACGGUGAGAAAUAUAAGCCCUUCAAAGGUGUCAAGUAUAUAACAAAAGCUGGAAGAUUCCAAAUAAGAAUGUGAUGCUAUGCGAUGUGCUCUGAGACGCUGUAAAAAUAUUUCCCUAAUUCACUCCAGAGAAAUCCGCAAAUAAUAUUAUCAAAAGAAUCAAUUUUUACGCAAAACUUCUUUCAUGACAAUUACAUUAUCCUCUCUGUUCUUCUGUCUUCUGUACAAAUAAAUUGGUGAGGGUGAAGAAACA